AUGGGAGAGAGCUGGAAAGAAAUAGGAACAAGUCUUGGUUCACUUAUGUUUCUCUACACAUUGAUAGAACGAUUCUUCCCACAUGGUUUUGUACGUCAAUAUGCAGACAAGUAUAUACAGCUUAUAGUUCGUUUUUUUAAUCGUCAUAUUCAAACCAGCAUUGAUGAAUACUCUGGAAAACUUGUAGAUCAGAAGGACCAGUCUUACACCUUCGCUGACGCGUAUCUUAGUGCCAUAGCAAUUCAACAUGCGUUGCAGCUCAAAGUACAUACUCCAAAGAAUAGCAACAAGCGUAUCUUGAGCAUGAUUGAUUAUGAGAUGACUAUAACUGAUGAGUUUCAUGGAGCUACAUUUUCUUGGAUGUUAAGCAACACAAAUGAAAUCGGCAAACCCCGAAAGGUUGAUGACAAUCGGUCGUUAGCCCUUAAGUUUCUUAAAAAGCAUCGGCAUGUUUUUCUGGACGAGUAUUUGGAUCAUGUCAUGGAGAAAGGGAAAGAACUGUUGGAGCAAAAUCAACAGAGAAAGCUUUACACUAAUAACUCAAGAGAUAAUUGGUAUAAGAAAAAGAUGUGGAGCCAUGUAGUGUUUAAUCACCCUGCAACAUUUGAUAAGUUAGCAAUGGACAAGGAGAAAAAGGAAGACAGUAUUAAAGAUCUUAUCGCAUUCAGCAAAGCUAAAGACUAUUAUAAGAAGAUUGGUAAAGCUUGGAAACGUGGGUAUCUUCUAUAUGGUCCGCCAGGUACCGGAAAGUCUACUAUGAUUGCAGCAAUAUCCGAGUACAUGAACUAUGAUAUUUAUGAUUUGGAGUUGUCAGUCCAUGGAGGCAACAGUGAACUUCGCAAACUCUUGCUAGAUACAUCUGAUAAGUCCAUAAUUGUGAUUGAAGAUAUCGAUUGCAACAUCGCACUUACAAACAAGCGCAUGACGAAGAAGAAAAAACAGAGCAAGAAAGAAAAAGCGUAUGAGAAAAGAUUGGCAGAAAUACGUGGAGACAAGGAUGUAACUCUUUCAGGGCUGCUGAAUUUCAUUGAUGGGUUAUGGUCAAGUACUGGCGGGGAAAGACUUAUCAUUUUUACGACCAACCAUAUUGAGAAGCUGGAUCCAGCACUCAUUAGACGUGGUCGCAUGGAUAAGCAUAUUGAAUUGGCAUAUUGUUCCUUUGAUGGGUUCAAGAUACUGGCUGAGAACUAUUUGAACAUUGAUGACCACCCUUUGUUUCAAGCCAUUCGUUGUAAGAUCGAUGAAGCAAGGAUCACGCCGGCCGAUGUUGCUGAGAAUUUGAUGCCUAAAACUAUAAAUGAAGGGGACCACUCGGAGGUUUGCUUGGAGAACUUGAUUACUGCAUUUGAGAAAUCAAAAGAAGACGCAAUAAGAUUGGAGAGUUGUAUGGGUAACGUUCUUAUUUAUAACCCCAGCACUGGAGACAAAACAUCUUGGAUUGAAUCAAGGGUACCGUGGGAAGAAAAGCAUAAUGAUAUGGAAGCUUUUUAUGGAUUUGGAUUUGAUUUUAAAACUAAGGAACACAAACUAGUUUGCCUAUGGCUUUCGUAUGAUACUAAACGUGAUUUUGCGAGGUUUUGA